AUGCCCGGUCUCCUGCGCAAACUAGUUAUCGUCGCCGCAGUCGACGGCCUAAUCCUUCACGCAGCCAACACCCGAUCUAACAGCGGAUGCAAUAAUGAAGCCUCCUCAAUCCGCAUCGACUACAAAACGAACAAGAUAACCGCCCUGCCAACCUCGGCCUCAGAGCCUCUCGACGGGAAAGACGCCCUAGAAGCCCACGGUCUAAUCGGCCUAUUAUCCGUCGACUCAUACUCAUUCCUGGUAUCAAUCACACAGCGCGAACAGGUCGCCCAAAUCCAAGGCCGACCCGUCUACGCCGUAACAAACGUGGCCAUCAUCCCCAUCUCCUCCCAAGCAGACGCCACCCGCGCAAUCAUACAAGCUAGAAAAGAUACAGCCCAGGAGAUCCUCUCGCUCGACUCCUCCGAUGAAGAUGAAGACGAUCUCCCGGAUAAUGAAAUAGAUCGUGCGGAGGUAGAGAUUGGUAGCUUGCCCGCGUCGCCGACUCGUGAGUUGCACCAUGCCCGCGGUGCUAGCGCUGGAAGCAUCGCGGAAGAUGUAAUCGGCAAGCGGGUUCGCUUUGGUCGCUUUGCGGCUAAUUGGUUGUCGCGUAAGAACUUGGGCUUGCCUAGGCCUGGUGCUUUGGAGCAGGAUGCCCCUGCCACUGCUCCUGUUCCGGCCCAAGUGGCUGAGUCUGAAUCACCUUUUGAUGACGAUGCGCCCAGCCCUUCGAGUGAGGCCCGUGAUGCAAAGGAUGGGCCUUCUUUGCAGGCGGGUACGCUCGAUGGACCGGGCGAGUCGGAUUUCGAUCGGCUGAAAUCUGGUCAGGCUACUGAUCUCUUGCCGAAGUUGUUAAGGUAUACGAGGCUUUUGUUUGCUUCGCGCAAUUUCUUCUUUGCUUAUGAUUAUGACCUUACGCGUUCUCUGCACACGCAGGAGGCUAGGAAGGAUUUGCUUCCGCUUCAUAAAGUUGUUGACCCGUUGUAUUUUUGGAAUAGACAUUUGAUGAAUGCAUUCAUUGAUAAUGGGGCUCAUGGUUUUGUUUUACCGCUUAUUCAAGGCUUCGUUGGCCAGCGUGAAUUUACCAUUGCUGGCGCUGAGAAAAAGUCGUCAGAAGAACUCACAGGAGGUAAAAUUCUCGGUGAGAAGCGCGAGGCUGAGGCUGUUGAAACCGACGCCAGCAAGCGUGAUUACCUUCUGACGCUCAUUUCUCGACGGUCUGUUAAUCGGCCGGGUCUUCGUUACCUGCGCCGCGGUAUCGAUGACGAGGGCAACACCGCCAAUACUGUCGAGACUGAGCAGAUUUUUUCAGUUCCUGAUUGGAAUCCGUCUCGUCCUGCCUACUCUUAUAUGCAAGUCCGAGGCUCAAUCCCGUUGUACUUUUCUCAGUCGCCAUAUACUUUAAAGCCAAUUCCUGUGUUGCAUCAUUCAGCGGAUACCAAUCUUCUUGCUUUCAGCAGACACUUCCGAGAGUUCAGUCGGAGGUACGGGAAGAUCCAGGCCGUUUCCCUCGUUGACAAGCUCGCCGGUGAAUUGAAGCUAGGAGAGCAAUAUGAGAGAUACACGCAAUCCUUCAAUGAAGCCGGUGGCAUUGAUGGCACUCCAUUGAGCCUCGAGUGGUUUGACUUCCACCGCGAAUGUCGCGGAAUGAAGUUUGAGAACGUGUCUCGUUUGGUCGACCGUCUGAAAGACACACUGAACGAGUUCUGCUACACAAUCCUCGCAAACAACGACAUCCUGCAGACCCAAAAGGGUAUCAUCCGAACCAACUGCAUGGACUGCCUUGACCGCACCGGCGUCGCCCAGUGUGCAUUCGGACAAUGGGCCCUCGAGCACCAACUCGAGAACGAAGGCAUCGAUAUUGACUUCGGCGGCGACUCCUCAACUCAAUGGUUCAACACGUUGUGGGCCGACAACGGCGACGCCAUCUCCAAGCAAUACUCAUCCACCGCAGCCCUCAAGGGCGACUACACCCGCACCCGUAAACGAGACUACCGCGGCGCCCUCAACGACCUCGGUCUCACCCUGUCACGAUACUACAACAACAUCGUCAACGACUUCUUCUCCCAAGCCUGCAUCGACUACCUCCUAGGCAACGUCUCAACCCAAGUCUUCGACGAAUUCGCCAUCCAACUCCAAACCACAGACCCAGGAAUCUCCGUCCAAAAGCUCCGCCAAAACGCGAUCGAUACGAGUUGCAAAAUAGUCAUCAGCAGUCCCUCCGAGGACUUCCUCGGUGGCUGGACAAUGCUCACCCCGCGCCAACCAAAUACCCUCCGCACAUUCCCCUUCGAAGAAUCCGUCCUCCUCCUCACAGACGCAGCCGUCUAUAGCUGCCGCUUCGACUGGGAAACAGAUAAAGUCCGCUCCUUCGAGCGCAUCGACCUCCGCUCCAUUUCCCGCAUCCACUAUGGCACUUACAUCACCUCUAUCCUGACGGAGAGCCAAGCAAACGAAGCGAGUAAUGUCGGCCUUGUCAUCGUCUACAGAGACGGGGAUGCAAAUACCCUCCGUGUUAACACGCGCUCCCUCCAAAGUGAUGUCAAUAUGAGUUCGCUUGAGACAACUGCUAGUGCGAAUAGCGAGUGGGAUCUUGUUUCUUGGCUGCGUGGUGUGAAAAGGGCUACGACGCGCUUCGUUGCGUUUAAGGGGUUACCUUUGUCGACUUCUGUGGCUAGUCCACGGCUCGGCCCUACGACCGGUGUGGUGAAAGAGAUGGAUCGGGUGAGGUCUAUCGCUUUGGAUAUUGAGCGCGCUAUGCUUGCUGGUGAUGGGAGAAAUGUUGAGGCUUCUUCGGCUGUUGAGGAGUCGGAUAUUAUUUCUCUUGCUGAUGCGAAGAAGAGGACUGGUUGGUUGGAAUAUUUGGUUUAUGAUUUGAAGAAGAUGGUUUGGGCUUGA